GAAAGAAUAGUGCGCUUCAAAGCAGAACAUUCUCGAACUCCCGCCAACAUCAUCGCCUGCACCGCCUCCUGUUCUUUUCGACGGGAUUCCCCUCUUCUCGCCUGUGCGACUCCCAGCCGUUCCAAUGUCAAAGAAAAGAGGCCUCUCUUUGGAGGAGAAGCGUGAGCAGAUUCUUCAAAUCUUUCAUGAGUCUCAGGACUUCUUUCUUCUUAAGGAGCUUGAGAAAUUGGGUCCCAAGAAGGGUGUGAUCAGCCAAUCAGUGAAGGAUGUUCUCCAAAGUCUAGUGGAUGAUGACCUGGUUCUGAAGGAUAAAAUAGGCACUUCUGUAUACUUUUGGAGUCUUCCUAGCUGUGCUGGAAAUCAGCUAAGGAAUACUUACCGCAAACUGGAAUCUGAUCUUUCGAGCUGUAGGAAGCGCUUUGCUGAACUUGUUGAACAAAGGGGCAACUUGAAGAAAGGCAGGGAGGAAUCUGAUGAAAGAAAAGCUGCUUUAGAGGAGCUGAAGACUGUUGAACUACAGCAUAAAAAGCUGACGGAAGAGUUGGCAUGCUAUGCCGAUAAUGAUCCUGCUGCACUCGAAGCAAUGAAAAAUGCAAUUGAGGUUGCUCAUUCAGCAGCUAACAGAUGGACAGACAACAUAUUUACCCUACAGCAAUGGUGUUCAACCAAAUUUCCAGAAGCCAAGGAGCAACUUGAACACUUGUACACAGAGGUAGAUGCAUUUUUCCUUCAUAUCAGACCUGCAUUUGCAUCCAUCACUAUGCCAUGGUUCAGAUUGUUGUGUCAUUAGCAUACAACCGAACUCAGGUAUACGUGGAUACAUCAACUUUCCGAUACAGAAUAUGUGCUUUGCAAAACUAUCAUUUCUGCUUACUUCCUGAUGCUUUCUGGGGUUUUUCUUGGAGCGACUGAGCUAUUUUGUAGGUACCUGCACUCUAAAAUAAACUUGGGGUGUUCGGAACAUGUACGUUGGUAUAUUUCUGGUUUGUGGCAGAAUAUUGUAAGGCAUAGUUGUGUCUAUCUUUUAAGAAAACCUCGAUGGAAAUGAUGCCAAAAGAUUUGAAACACUAAAUGGAAUAAAAUUACAAAGCUUUUUAGGAUCUGUCCACUUCUAUUAACUAUUAUAUGGGGAAUACCAGUUCUGUCAAUUGGAUUUUUCAGACAUGCUGCCAGUUUGGACUCAAGCGCCGGAUGAAAAUCAGCCACGGUGACAUUGUAGUCUACAAUGGACUCUCUCAAUUGUUUAGCUUUUUAAAAUUAUAUUUAUUUCAGAAUUGUCGUAAUGUUUCUCAAUGCAUGUAUCUAAUUGCUGUAUGUUGCAAUAUCUUCCAUUGCUGUCCAAGAGGUCUUCAGGAGUUUCAAUAUUUAUUGAGCUCCUGUCCAUCUUGGAUUUCCAUCUCUAACGUUCAUGACCUCCUAUCUGCACUUACAGACAUAAAACUCCAUAUAAAAGGCUUUCUAAGUCCUUUAAUGAUGAUUGGUUAUCAAAUGCUUAUCAUUAAAACCAUGCUUCGAGCAUUGCUAUUGCUCUAUUUUCAGAUGCAGUUAAGCAGCAUGACAACCAAUGGACUGUCUCCUCUUCUCCUCAAGUUGUUGGCAUCAUUUGAAUUAUUGAUAAAGAGACAUAUCAUCUGCAAAUAAGAUAUAUGCAUGGCAUUGUUUCUUAUACUAUCAGUAAUCCUAAAUUUUGCUAGGACUUUUCUUUUAUAGUUUGGUUGCUUUUUCUGGUGAGAACUUGAUCUAAGUUUUCUGAUAUUUGUGGCUUCCAAAAUGCAGGUGGGAAUAACAGAUGAUUUUGAAUAUUUGCAAUGAUCAUUGAAACAUACUGGGGCUGAAUCCUGAUUGCAUUACUUCGAUAGCUUGGCUAUAGCCUUGGAAUGACUUCAAUUCUCUCUUGCAACUAUGUCACAUAUGCAUAUGCUCGUGCCUGUACUUCAGAAUUCCGGUUAAAAAUUCUGUAACCAAGGGGUUCCAAUUGGAUUCCAACCAAUCCAUAUGUCUGAAACAAGGUCUCUGCUCAGAGUAACAACAUUCAGACCAAUGAAACUACCCUCUUCAUCUCUUUGAUUUCCGACUAGCACUGUGAAAUUGGGCCGGUGACUGGCCGUGCAUAAUGGUUUAUGCGUACAAUCUGUAGUUCAAAUUCAUAAUGAGCCUUCUUUCAUGUAAGAGGAGUUUCAUAAAGAACCAGGGAGCUGGAACCUUGAAUAUUUCCUCAGCCAGCUUGCAGUUGCAUUUCUUUCAGGUGUGGCAUAUGCAAAUGGCUCAUUUUUGAUGCUCGAAGCGCUCUCGCUGCACAACUAGGAUGGCUAUUGCUUGAUGGUCAUUGGUGGUGUAAAUGAGUCAGGCAUAGUCGUCACGUUCUAUAAUCGAGCCAAGCUCGAGUCAGGUCAUCAGGUUGCUCAUGAAACUCUCAUAUAGAGGAUUUGGUGAGAGAUUAAGGUGUUUCAUCGCCCUCUCAUAUGCGACUUGAGCUAAUAUUUUAAACAUUAAUUCACAAUUAUUCUGUUAAAUUCAUUCUUAUUUUUGCU